UCUUGAUAUCUACAACAACGUUGAUGCGACUGUUGCGACAGGUUGAGUGGAUAUGCGUUUUCGACCGCAACAACUUCUCGCGAUCGACGACAACAUUCCAUGCUUGUCCGGUCACAUAUUGAAAUACUUGUUAGGAGUAAUUGAUAAAUGAUUGUAAAAAUGUUUGUAUCUACCAACAAAAAUAACCCGAACGUACUGAAGCUGAUAAUUGCCGCAAAAUUAGCUCGGCAAAGUGUCGAAAUAAAGACCAUUCCACCACAAGCAGACGUGGCAUUAGGUCGAUUACCAUUGUUGCAAAUACCAUCUGGAACAAAUUUAUUUGGCACUAGUGCAGCUCUGCAGUUUCUAGUUCCAACAGAAGACUCUUCAAGUAUUUUGAUAAACAAAUGGCUUGAAUGGGACAUUUCACAACUGCAGCCUGCACUGGUCUCUUACGGUGGUUCAGGAAAACUGGAUAUGUCGCAUAAGCCUCGCAUAUGGUCUUUGCUCAAACAGCUUAAUACGUCAUUACAAAACAAAAAGUAUUUAAUUGAGGCAAAAAAUUAUCCAUCAGUUGCUGACUUUUCGAUUUGGGUCUCUUUGUGGUCAACUAUCGCUGCAACUGAAGUUAACGUAGAGAUAAUUAAAGAAUUCCCUCUGGUUGAAGGAUGGUCGAACAAUAUCGAAUGUCUUCCAACAGUGCAGGAGUCAUUGAAAGAAUUUAAGAUCGUAAGGGGACUGAGAGCUAUUGCUGAUAUCCAAGCUGCUUCUUGGUUUCCGCUCAAUUCCUACACGGGUGGAGCUUCUCAUAAAGCAUCACCAAACGAUGUCAUUGUCAACUCUGUUAAGGAAAAAGAGAUCAUACUAGUUAGUGAAGAAGAACUAAAAUUUGUUACUGAAUGUUGGACAGUGAAGAAUUAUCCUUCCCUCAAAGACCCUGCAUAUCCUGUACUUCCAAAGAAAGGAGAGCGGAAUAUUCUUAUAACUUCAGCUCUACCGUACGUCAACAACGUACCGCAUCUUGGAAAUAUUAUUGGUUGCGUUUUGUCGGCAGAUAUUUUUGCAAGAUAUUGCCGCCAGAGAAGUUACAAUACCCUUUAUAUUAGCGGCACAGAUGAAUAUGGUACGGCAACGGAAGCUAAAGCGAUUGAAGAGAAUAUGACACCGCAACAAAUAUGUGACAAGUUUUUCAGUAUUCAUAAUGAUAUUUACCGGUGGUUCAGCAUAGGGUUUGAUUACUUUGGUCGAACCACUACACUAGAACAAACAGAAAUUGUACAGGAUCUCUUCCUCAGGCUAAAACAUAAGGGAUUUAUAAAUGCCGAAAGUGUAGAUCAAUUGCUUUGCCAAACAUGCGAUAGGUUUUUAGCCGAUAGAUUUGUUGAGGGAAUUUGUCCAGGCUGCAAGUACGAAGAUGCCCGAGGAGACCAGUGCGACGGUUGUGGUCAUCUAGUCAAUGCAACUGAACUGAUAAAUCCUCGAUGCAAGAUGUGCAAUAAUUCUCCAAUAAUCAAACCGUCGACCCAAUUUUUCCUCGACUUACCUAAGAUAGAGCCGACGUUAAAAAAGUGGGCUGAAAAUGUCGAAAGCGAAUGGUCGCCAACAGCAAGAGUGGUUGCAAAACCUUGGCUACGGGAUGGUCUAAAACCACGUUGCAUAACUAGAGAUUUGAAAUGGGGUAUUCCAGUCCCCCUCGACAAUUACCGGAAUAAGGUAUUUUACGUAUGGUUCGAUGCACCACUCGGUUACAUAAGUAUUACAAAACGAUACACCAAAGAGUACGAGCAGUGGUGGCUGCCAAAGGACAUCCCAGUGGAUCUCUACCAGUUCAUGGCUAAAGACAACGUUCCUUUUCAUGCAGUCAUGUUUCCUGCCUCACUACUUGCCGCGGACCAAGGACACACGCUUGUGAAACAUAUUAUGGCAAUUGAAUACUUAAAUUACGAGAAUACUAAAUUCUCAAAAUCACGAGGUAUUGGUGUGUUUGGAACGGAUGCCAGAGACACUGGCAUACCAGCAGAUGUCUGGCGAUUCUAUCUCGCUUACGUCAGACCUGAGAGUCAAGACUCAAAUUUUAACUGGGUAGACUUGGCGACUAAAAAUAAUAGCGAAUUACUCAGCAACCUUGGCAAUUUCAUAAACAGAUCACUCAUGUUUGCGGAGAAAAACUUUGGCUCCAAAAUCCCGCCAAUGGACCUUCAAAAAGACGACCUAAUUGUUCUUGCUCUUGCACAACGUGAACUCACAUCGUAUGUGGCGGCAAUGGAGAAAGCGAAAUUGAGAGAUGCUUUGAGACACAUCCUAGCUAUAUCUAAGCAUGGAAAUCAAUACAUGCAGUCGCAAGCACCCUGGGUCAAGAUGAAAGGCACUGACGAUGACAAGAAUAAGGCUGGUACCGUCAUUGGUGUCUGCUGCAAUCUAGCUUGUCUUAUAUCAGCGUUGUUGGGUCCAUACAUGCCAAAUACAUCACGUGACUUGAGGGCACAGUUGGGUUUGGAUAAGACCAUGUAUGGUUAUAUUCCAGAUACAAUUAUAAUGCUAUUACCUGCUGGGCAUAAAAUUGGAAAACCAUCGCCGUUGUUUACUAAGAUUUUAGAUGAGCAAGUGGAGCUCCUGAGACAAAAAUAUUCCGGCAAGCAGGAUUUCCAUGCCUGUGAAGUUAGCUCGUCACCUUGAAAUGAAAAAUAAAGAAAUUGAAAAACAAAAA